CUUGCCUUCACCCGCACAUCCGUUCUUUUCGGUUAUUUUCUGCUACGGCCGUUCCCCGCCCUGCCUUGGGCCCACGGGGCAGUGAUCUGAUCUUUGGUCGGCUGGAGGAGUCGAGAGGCUGGCGAGACUGACUCCUGAAGCCUGGAGAUCCCGGGAGUGGCAAAAGUGUUAGGGAUGUGAUCUAAGCAGCCAAGGGAUCAGGGUUGGCGCCUUUGUACAAUAAGAAGUUAGGUUCGAAGAGUAAGAACCGCAGCCUUGAGACCAUGGGGAAGGGGGCGUGACCAUGACGAAUCGGAGAACUGAAGACUUAAGAGCUUCAGCCGGGGGCUGAGAGAAUAUUGGAGGACAGGGCAGACCAAUGCAGACAGGGGCAGUCCAAGAACAGCCUGAGCCCUGGAGUCCCCGCAGAACCCGCCGACUGACUGGUGGAAGUUUUUUUAACCACAGUCCCCGACCUUCUUCAAAAAUGGGGAACGUGCAGUCGGAGCCGUCCGCGGGCGGGGGUUCCCGAAAAGAGCAGGCUUCAGACCGCGCCUCCGACUCCCGCAGGACGCCUCUGGUGGAGCCCGAGGUGACCCCCUCAUCCCCUGCCAUGCGCCUGGCUCGAGGGCUGGGCGUCUGGUUCCCUGGCAGUUCCGGGCCCCAGGGACUCCUGAUACCCCCGGAGCCCCAGGCCUCAUCCUCGCCCCUGCCCCUGACCUUAGAACUGCCCUCACCAGUGACACCCCCUCCAGAGGAGGCGGCUGCGGCGGCGGUCUCCACACCACCCCCGCCCCCCGUGGGGACCCUGCUGCCCGCGCCAUCUAAGUGGCGAAAACCCACGGGCACUGCAGUGCCUCGGAUCCGCGGUCUUCUGGAGGCGAGCCAUCGCGGUCAGGGUGACCCUCCGAGCCUCCGCCCGCUGCCAUCGCUGCCCCGGCAACUGACCGAAAAAGAUCCAGUCCUGAGGGCCCCAGCCCCACCUCCGACGCCCCUGGAACCUCGGAAACAACUCCCGCCAGCACCGUCGACUUCCGACCCGCAGCCCCCGAGCCGCAGAAUCACUCUGGCCUCGUCGGCCACAAGCCCCACAGAAAGCCAGGUCAGACACAGCAGCGAGGGUCAGGCGGCCGGGGGAGCCCACGGAGGGGUACCUCCCCAAGCCGGAGAGGGCGAAAUGGCUCGGUCCGCUACUUCCGAGUCUGGCCUGAGUCUGCUGUGUAAAGUCACCUUCAAGUCGGGGCCCCAUUUGUCCCCCACAUCGGCCUCGGGCCCCUUAGCAGCCAAAGCCUCACUGGGGGCCAGUGGUAGCGGAGGACUGUUUGCCUCUUCUGCAGCCAUCUCUUAUGCUGAGGUCCUGAAGCAAGGGCCCCAACCUCCUGGAGCCACUCGUCCCUUGGGAGAGGUCCCUCGUGCAGCUCAGGAAACUGAGGGUGGUGACGGAGAUGGCGAAGGGUGUUCUGGUCCCCCUUCGGUGCCUGCACCCCUUGCCCGGGCUCUACCGCCACCCCCUUACACCACCUUCCCAGGUUCAAAGCCCAAAUUCGACUGGGUGAGCCCUCCUGAUGGCACUGAACGGCACUUCCGAUUCAAUGGGGCUGUCGGGGGAAUCGGGGCACCCCGACGGCGCACGACCACGCUCUCAGGGCCUUGGGGAUCCCCUCCACCAAGGUCAGGUCAGACACAUUCAACUUCAGGGCCACGGAGGCCUACACCUGCCUUGCUAGCACCACCCAUGUUCAUCUUCCCAGCGCCAAACAAUGGCGAACCCGUUCGCCCAGUGCCUCCAAGUCCGCAGCAGAUUCCUCCUCUGCCGCCACCGCCACCGCCCUCACCACCAGCCUCGCCACCACCGGCGCCGCCAUCCACACCACAGCCAUCAGCGCUCCCGAGGACGCCGAUACUGGUGGCCCGUCCGCCUACUCCAGGCCCUGGCCACUUAGAGUCAGCCUUGGCUCCCACCCCUCCCACCACUUUGUCCCCACCUGCAGCUGCCGACCAGGUCCCAACAGCGACUCCAGCCCCAGUCGCAGCCCAAGUUCCAGCAACCACCACCGCUGAGCUGUCACCGCCGAUGCCCCAGCCCAAGAUUCGUACACGCAGGAACAAAGGUCCCCGGGCGGCCCGGGGUGUUAUCCGUGAAGAAGGGACUUCCGGAGACGGCCCUCGAGAACCGAGCACGGCUCCAGUGACUGACAGCAGCAGUGGAGGGGGUGGCGGUGGUAGCAACGAAACCUCCACAGCUGGGGCCUCUAACAAGGGAACAGCACGGCACUGGCCGCCUUUCGAGGUGCUUAAUUCCUGUCCCUGCAAGUGCUACUGCCGCCAUCAACGCCGUCACCGUCGACUGCCACGCAACGUAUCUGCCUGGUGAGGGAGAUGGGGGAGCGGGAAGGGGAGGGCACACUCCAGGUCCUGCACCUAUUUACCUUGGAUGGAAUAAGAUCACACGGUUUGGCGUCUUGACCAUAGGCUAACCCAUAAGUUACCUGGAUCUCAACUUAGCUGGGCCUCAGAAACCUUGGCCCUUUACUGGCCUUAGCUCAACCCCUAUUCUGGAUGCCAAGCUGACCCUUGGCCUUCCUGCUGGCCUGACCCUAAGGCAGUAAGAAUGGUUUAUAAGAGACGGGGAAAGGAAACCACUGUUUCUGGACCCCGAGGGUGGGGUAAGAAGCCUCCAACUUCCCUGGUCCCAGUGAAAUCCCAGCAUCUAAUCCUUUACAGCCCACCCACUCAUGAGACCAAGGCUUCAGCCCUUCAUCCUUGCCACGAUGCUGAGCCCCUGGAUUUGGUUACCAGGCUUGGCUACAAAGCCUCUCUUGGGGGCUUAGGGCCCCCACACUCCUUCCCAUUCUAUAUUGGAUGUAUUUCUGACCCCCCCCCCCCAACACCCGUGGGAAUCUAUGGCAGCCUGCAGGGAGAAAGACAGCCCCUGUCAAUUCAUCUUCCCAGGCUGAGUACACCCACCAACCACCUGAGUGAGCCACCCUGGGUGGCCACCGUGAAGCUGGCUGGCUCCCUAGUAGCUGGCCUGGAGCACUACGAUUUGCAGGCCACCCAUUCUACCUGAGUGCAACUGCCCAACCCCCUCUGCCUCACCCUCCGUGCCAAUAAA